CAGUCGACCGAGCGACCGACUUCGACGAUCGGUCCGACGACGRGGAAGCGAYCAGGAAGUGGUCUCGGCAACCACGCGGCAAAACCUAGGAGCUGGUGACCAUCGCACGACGACGACGACCCGCACCACGACCACAGUGCGCAAAGGACGGAAGCCUGURGUGGAACGUUCCUCUCGCAGCGUGUCGGCUCCGCUUUCUUCUUCUCCUGCUGGGUCUCCGUCCCGGAACAGUCGCAGCAGCAGCAGCAGCAGAAAUUCAAGAGGAAGUGGUAAAAAACAAAAAACAUCAAUCAAUGCUCUGAUCGAGCACAUGAGAAAAAAGUACAAAAGGUCAGGCAAACGGAGAAUAUAAAAGAAACUCAU